CUGAAACAUUUCCAUUGAAUCUAUGGAGUCCUUCCUUUUAUAUUAGAGAAGUAUAAAGUGGAUUCAUAUAAUUAAAACCCAUUAGCUCUUCGUAUCUACAAUCUCAUUAUCUUCUACUUAGCAAAUCAGAGAAGAAAAUCAUGGGUUUUGGGAAGGAUGAUCUUGAUUUGGUGUUGGUCCCAAGUGGAUUGCUGAUCAUGUUUGUUUACCACAUCAAUCUUCUCUACAGAUAUCUUCAUCUCCCUCACACCACAGUCAUUGGCUUUGAAAACAAUGACAAAAGAGCUUGGGUUGAAAGAGUUAUGCAGGCUGAAAGAAGAGAUGUUGGAAUAGUACUUAAUGUGAUUUCAUCAAACACAUCAGCAGCAACAUUUUUGUGUUCUAUCUCCCUAACUCUUAGUUCCCUUAUUGGAGCUUGGCUUGGAAGCAGCACAAAUGGGGUCUUUCAGAGUGAAUUAGUCUACGGCAACACGAAUCCAUCAACAAUUACCAUCAAGUACAUAACCCUCUUAACUUGCUUCCUUCUCGCAUUCGCUUGCUUUGUUCAAUCAGCAAGGCACUUUGUUCAUGCCAACUACCUAAUAAGCACACCAGACAGUAACAUUCCAGCCUGGUAUGUAGAGAUGGCAGUCAUAAGGGGUGGUGAUUUUUGGUCACUUGGGCUAAGAGCUUUGUACUUUGCUCUUACCUUGCUUCUAUGGUUUUUUGGUCCAAUUCCAAUGUUUGUCUCCUCCAUUGUUCUGGUCAUGGUCCUCCAUUACCUUGACACAAACACCAGGCCAAUGUUUCAGCAUCAGUUUAGAGGAAAGGAGAUGGUGAAGAAGGUUGAGGAGAGAAUUUCAGAGGUAGCUGUGACCUCACGGCACCAUCACAGAGAAAAGGUUGAAACUUUGGUGUAAUUUUAAAUUUGUUAAAAAAACCCAAUUUUUGUUUGUAAAUGCAAAGUUCCAUAUGCUUCUUUAUUUGGAGUUGGUGGGGAUUAGGUACCUAUGUAUUGCCAGGAAGACAAACUAGAGAUGUAAUAUGAGUCUUGCAAGCCUAAACUUAGAAGAUCAUCAAAUCAUUCUUCUCUUAUAUGGUCCAAA